ACAUCUUCUUUACUGUUUUGUUGUUUUUAUUUUGAUUACUGUUUAGUUUGGAGAAUUAUGCUACUAAUUCUUUAUUCUUGGUUUUUUCUACAGCUAUUUGUCACGUCGUAAUUUUGCUGUACAUGUCUGGUGUUCACAGGGUUGCAUGGAUUUGGUUUAUUUCACAAGUGUCCCUUCUCAAACUCUGCAACAUGUUAAUUUUUAUGUCCGAAGUGAAGAAAUUGGAGAUGAGUACCUCUGCGAUACAUUUUUCUGUCUGUGUUAUAUAUUUUCAACUAUGGCUUAUUUGACAAUCUGAAUUUAAAUUUGAACAUUUCUGCAUUCAUGCUUCUCAAUUCUUCUCUGAAAUCUUGGCAAGAUUAUCAUUAUUCAUCAUUAUAUAAUUGGUCUUUUUUUAAAUAUGUAUAUGAAUAUGUAUUUUGUUUUCGAAUAAUUGUUCUUAGAUUGUGUACAAGCUGGUGUCGAAAUUUGUGUGUUUCAGUAUUCGGAACCUGAGUACACGAUUCUGGAAUAAAUAUUUGCUCUUCCCAAGAUGAAUUAUGGACGACUUGGUUACAUUGUAGGUUUGUUUGUUCUGAUGAUUUGUUCGUGAGGAGAGGUUUUCUAUAAUCUUCUUUCACUGGUUUCUAUUGUUAUUUGUGAUUUAGAUGAUGUAGAUGAUUAUACUCUUAAAAAGAUAUCCUUUUCAUUACAGUGGCCUGGGACUCCCUCCUCUCUAUUAGGAGGAAGCCAAAAUUAUGUCACACAUAAUCUGCAGGCUUUAAUUUGGUUAUCUCUUCUAAGACAGUUUACAUUUCAGUCUAUGUUUGAUAAUGAACAUCUACUUUUGAGUUUUCUCAUACUUCCCAUUAAACUAGUCAUUUUUUUUACUUGUGUGUAUGUGUUUCUUGAUUUGGGAUAUGACUUUUUGUGCUCUAGGAACGUGAGUAUGAAGCAUCUUUUUAUCCCUCCCCUAAAGAUAAGGAAUUCUUGACAGCUUAGUUUGGCACUUUUUUGUAAUGUUGAUUUGUCACUUCCUUUGUUAUAAUUUUUUCUUUUAUUUUCUUUGCCUUUGUUAUAAUUUUUUUCUUCAUUUUAUCUUUUCAUUCGUCUCUUUCAUUUGUGUUACUUCCUUUGUUAUACUGGGGAGAGAACUAUGAAUGUACUGUGGGGAUUCAAAAGUUGUGGUGAAAAUUGGAAGUACUGCCUUUGGAUUAAACAGUCAUUUUUUUCUUGAAUGUACUUGUUUUGAAUGGGGUCCUAUGAUAGUGUAAUGUGGCAAUGUUGAUUUGAAUAUUAGGAGAGCUUCAUCAUUUAUGAUUAUGUAGUACAUGUUUAUCUCUCUCUUGGAUAAUCGGGAUACACAUCCUGUUUUUCAGUGAGUUGAAGUUUGAAUAUCUGUUUGUAGAUACUUGAUACAAUUAGAUAAGAAAGGUGAGGACAGUUAAUUCAUAUUUCUUCAAUGAGUUGCUAUCUACUAUUUUUAUUUUCAGACUUUGUUAUAAGACAUACUAAAUGACUUGUGAACAACUUUUCUUCUAGUGUUGAAAUUUUUGUGUUUCUUCAUGUUGGAGCUGGUGCCGAAGUUUUUGUGUUUCUUCUUGUGUUGAAGUUGUGUGUUUUAGUGUCCAAAACUGGAGUACUAGUCUGUCAUAGGGUAAGAGAUUCUGGAAUAACUCUUUGCCCUUCCCACGAUGAGAAAUUUUGGACAAUUUGGUUAUGUGAUAUAUGUUGUUUGCUGUGACAAUUUAACUUUGUUGAGCGAUGUUUUCCAUGAUUUUCUUAUGCUGCUUUUAUUUGUGAUUGGUGAUGAUAAUGAUGAUACUCCUUGAAAUAUAUCAUCCAUUCCUCUUCAUUACAGUCUUUACAUGUAUUAGGAGGAAGCCAAAAUUGUCUCAUUUCACAUGUAUGGGUAAAUGACCUUACAAAUUGGAUGGAUGUAUCAUCUCCAGCAUUUCAUAUGUAUGGGUACAUGACCUUUCAAAUUGGAUGGAUGUAUCAUCUCCAGCAGGCUUUAAUUUGGUCAUCUCUUAGACUCUUCACAUUCACUUCUGUGUAUUAAAGCAAUAAUUUGGUAAAAAAAAUACAUUUUUAUAACAAAAGCUUUAACUUGGAUCACUUCACAUGUAUUUCCACAAGUUUAUAUUGUUUAGUUUCCAUGUGAAGCUUUUUUAUUGUUCUUGCAAUUAAUUUGAUUCAUAAUUCAGGUAUUUUGUUUUGUGCUUUCUCUAGGUCCACAGGAAUUACCUUCUGUUUUUUUAACUUUUCUUGCAUGGAGCAUAGCCGAGGUGAUAUUUUUAUUGGGUUAGAUGUAGUUCAUUUAUGUUAUGGUUCAUAUUCACGAUAAGUAGGCACGCACUUCAGCUUGCUUUUUAGGAGCCAGGUUUGCUGUUCGAACAAUUUAAUUACUACCAUUACCGCGCGCUGAUUCCAUUCUGGUGUAAGCGUCAUCACCAUUUUUAUACACUAGUGCAACUAAUUAAUUAAUACAAUGCAGUAUGGUUGAUGUACCAGGCCCUUCCAUUUAUAAAGAAGAAGAAUAUCUAUGCAGAUUUCUUUUCAAGCCUCCCAUUUAAUUAUUAUGAUUUCUUUAAGCGGCAAUCGAGACUUGCUAAACACCAUGACAUGAAAAUAGCAUGAGUCGAUCAAGGUAGCAAUCCUUGCAAGUUCCUCAAUGAUCUGCUGGUUUACUCCAACCAGUGCAUUAUUGUCCCACUAUAUACAAAAGGAUUUGGUAGAUAGAGGAGUGUCGGGAGCAGCAUACUCUGAUACUACUUGUUGGGGAGUUAAGGAAGCGCCGAGAGUAACAACGAGCCAGCGUCGAAAGGAUGAGUCACAUCUCCACCGUUCUUUAUUAUUUUUGUUUUUGAUCGUAAGACACAAAUUGAAUUGUGAACCUGUUUUUCUGCAGUGUGGAUUGUCAAAAUAAUGAUCUUCUUUCAUCAGGCAUGGAGCCACAAGUUUUGGUUUGUAUAUUUCUUUUUAAAGCAUAUCUUUUCUUGAUAUUUUAUUUCCUCUGGUGUUGCAGGGACGAUAAUAAUUUUCUUUCUCUUGUUUGAUCUUCCUGUUUUGUAUUAUGAUUCGUUUUUUUCUGGUCUUUUGAUUGUGAGGUUUGAUUUGCUUCUGACUUUGAUACAUGUUAAUUGAAAAAUGACGUUGUUUUGAAACAAUAACAUUUGAUUAGUAUCAAGCCUCGGGUUUAUUUUGGUAUCUCUACUUUGAAUGCAAAUUAUUUUCGUUACUUUUUUUAUCUUCACAAUUCUUGUUGUCUAGUUUUCUGGAUUUGCUCCUCUAUGAUUUACCUUUAAUACUUAUUCUUUCUUAUUAAUAUUGAAAACUAUACAUGAUUUGAGAUUUUUUUGUUUGUUUUUGUUUUCGUGUUUUGGGAGAGCUUGGUGGGCCUAUCUUCGUUAUGCUGAUAUGUGACUUGGUUUGAAGAACUAUGCUACUAUUAUUUCUUGUUUCUUUUUCUUCAAUCUGUUUGUUACAGCCUAAUUUUAAUUUUCAUGUGGUGUUAAGUGUUAACAGAGUAAGAUUCACCGUCUCAAGUGUCUCUGCUGCAUAUCCUCUGUGGACGAAUCAAUCUUACACAUGAACCAGAAUGUUCAGUUAGCUGUGUUACAUAUUAUUUCCUAGGCUUGGUGAUCUGUACUCAUAUUUUAAUUCUUCACAUUUCGUUAUAGUUGUUUCAGCAUCCAUGCUUGAUCCCUUUGUGAAUGCUUAUGGUGAGUUUAUCACAUACACUUCCCCUUUUAUCUAUGGGAAAUAAUUGGUAUCUUAUAAGUUAUAUUUAUUUCUUCCAGUGUUGAAGUUUUGGGGAGUUUUUGUAACGUUUUACUCAGUGGUUUAGCAUACAAAAUUCUGUAGUAACUCUUCCCUUCCCAAGAUAAGGAUUUUGGACAACUUGGUUAGGUGGUGUUUGUUAUGAUGACCUGUUUCAUUGGCCCACAAAUUCCUCUAGUAUUAAAGUAGAAGCUUAAAUUGUAACGUUUCAUAUUGAAUUUUGCUCGGUUGUUUCGGCGAAAUUAUCUACCAUUGUUAUGUGAGAUAAAUGGAUCAUUUUUAUUUAAAUAUACCUUUUCAGGAUUGGAAUAGUUGUCCUUUGACUAAUUUUGUUUGUUUAAAUAUACCUUUUCAGGAUUUUGAAUUUUGCUCGGUUGUUUGUUUUUGUUUUCAUAUUUUGGGAGAGCUUGGUGGGCCUAUCUUUGUUAUGCUAAUCUGUGACUUGGUUUGAAGAACUAUGCUACUAUUCUUUCUUCUUGGUUCUUUUUCUACAAUCUGUUUGUUACAGCCUAAUUUUAAUUUUCAUGUGGUGUUAACAGAGUAAGAUUCACUGUCUCAAGUGUCUGUGCUGCAUAUCCUCUGCGGACGAAUCAACCUUACACAUGAACCAGAAUGUCCGUUGAUGGUGUGAUGUGGUAAUAUUGAUUUUUGUGUGUUGUUUAUCAGAUAUCUGAGUAUUGGGAGAGCUUUUCGAAUGUAUAAUUUUGUUGUGGAUCUGUCUUUUUCAAGGUUGACAUGGAAGAAGCAAAAAAACAAGAAAAUGAAAAUUUACAAUCUGCUUUGCACGAGAUGCAACUUCAGUUCAAAGAAACCAAGUCAUUGCUUCAAAAGGAGCGUGAGGCUGCAUAAAGAGAAGUAGAGAGAGUGCCUGUCAUACAUGAGGUUCCUGUUGUUGACCAUCCUUUGUUGGAGAAGCUAACUAGUGAAAAUGAGCAACUCAAGACCUUGGUGACUUCAUUGGAAAAGAAAAUUGAUGAAACAAAGAAAAGGUAUGAAGAGGCAAAUAAACUCAGUGAAGAAAGGUUGAAGCAAGCUUUGGAUGCUGAGUCAAAAAUAAUCCAGUUGCAAACUUCUAUGCAAAGGUUUAGAUUUCGAAUUAAUGCUUUGUUGGUAUCCUAUACAUAAUGUAUACCAUUUUGACCCUUUUUACUUAAAUAUUCUGAGAUAUGGAAUAUGAAAAUCAAGUUCUUCGGCAACAGUCUCUGCUUAACUCAUCUGUCAAAACGAUGUCAGAGCACCUUUCUACCCAUGUAUAUGAGAAGUUGGAAAAUGGUCACCAUUUGGUAGAAGAUCAGAAAGCUACUGAAACACAGACUGACACACCUUCGAAAAAGUUCGGUACACAGUCUGAUAGCAAAUUAAGGAGAUCAUACAUUAAACGUCAACAUAAGUUGGAAAAUGGUCACCAUUUGGUAGAAGAUCAGAAAGCUACUGCAAGUGCAUUAAUAUCUACUGAAACACAGACUGACACACCUGUGAAAAAGUUUGUUAUAAAGUCUGAUAGCAAAUUAAGGAGAUCAUACAUUGAACGUCAACAUGAAAAUGUUGAUUCCCUUAUCAAUUGUGUUAUGAAAAAUAUUGGAUUCCAUCAUGCAAAGCCUAUUGCUACAUUCACCAUUUACAAAUGUCUUCACUGGAAAUCAUUCAUAGCUGAAAGGACAAGUGUAUUUGAUCGCCUUAUCCAGAUGAUUGGUUGUGCAAUUUAGGAAAUUUUUUUAUUUAGAAAUAUACAAGUAUAGUACUUUGAACCUUCCCCUAAUAACUUGAGCUUUUAGGAAAAUUAAUCCUUCAUAUAUGAUUCUAAUUUUCAGUGAAAGUUUAUAAUAUUUUUUUUUUUUGUAUUGUAAAAUUACAUAAUGGAUCCCUUAUCCAAUAUAACUUUUUUUCUUCCUUGCUUACUUUCCAUA